CCAACCCCUAUUAACUCUCCAAAACCAAAGAAAUACUAAAAGUUCAAAAACCCUUCUACCCUUCUACGUAUUUCUGGGUUUUCACCCUUCCUCUUGCUUCUCUGGAUUCUCUACCUUGAAGAUAGAUCGAGUAUUCUGAUUGAGUAAUUGAUUUGGAAGCUUGUUUCUGCUGGGAUUUGAGCUUUUCUGACUGUGACUUUGGUUGCAUAAGAAUUAUUAAUUGGUGGCAUUAUCAUGGGGAGUUUCUGGCAUUAAGUUGCUCUGGAAUAUUGUAACUUCAAGGAGUUUUAGUGAAGGCCCCAGAAUGAUGAUAGUUUGCCCUCCUAUCAAGACUUGCACCAAAAAUGUGCUUCCUGUUAGUGGGCAUUUUCAAAAGAAGAUGAGAAGACAUGUACAUAAUUUGGGGUCCCCAAUUGUGUCCAGUUCAUGCUGUUUUGUUUUAAAACAGGGAAUUUCCAGAAUUAGAUAUUCUCGAAUUUCAGUCUUCAGAAAAUCAUCAUGGUUUUCUGAUUGUAGCUAUCGCGCAUUUCGAUGGUUUCAGUACAAAUCUGGUGUAUCCAGUAAGAAAGUGUCCUAUCCAUUAUUAACGGUUAAAAGUUCAGCAAAUGCUAGGGGUUCUCAAGAGACAUCAAUUGGUUUCUCAUCCUGGCCUCAAGAUGCAACUGUAAAAAAUUUGGUGCUGAAAAGAAGACUGCUGUCUGACCUUAAAUUAAGUGUGGGACCAUUUUCUUGGUCGAAAGGAUAUGGUGCUGUUGGUUUGAUUUCGGGAUUACUAGCUUGUUAUUCAACUUCAAAUUCAGCGCAUGCUGAAGCGUCAGAGGGAACAGGGGACAAUAAGGAAUGCGCUAAUUCAUCGGCUGACCAUAUUUCCCAUGGAAAGAAAGUUCACACUGAUUAUUCUGUCAUAGGCAUACCUGGAGAUGGAAGGUGUUUAUUUCGUUCUGUUGCUCAUGGUGCUUGUUUAAGACGCGGAAAACCUGCCCCAAGUGAAAGCCUUCAGAAACAAUUAGCUGACGAGUUGCGGGCAAUGGUUGCAGAUGAAUUUAUCAGAAGGCGACAAGAAACUGAGUGGUUUAUUGAAGGUGAUUUUGACACUUACAUUUCACAAAUAAGGAAGCCACAUGUAUGGGGAGGUGAGCCUGAGUUGCUGAUGCUCUCCCAUGUUUUAAGGAUGCCGAUUACGGUUUAUAUGCGCGAUGACAAGUAUGGCGGACUGAUAUCUAUUGCCGAGUAUGGCCAGGAAUAUGGCAAAGACAACCACCCAGUACAAGUUUUAUAUCAUGGUUAUGGUCAUUAUGAUGCGUUACUAAUGCCUGGAAAGAAAGGUACCAAAUCUAGGCUGUAGCUUCUUCUCUAUUGACAACAGUUUGAGCUGCCAGUUGCAAGUUCACGAGCAAAACGGUAUUAUUUGUCUCUGUGCUCCUGGAGCGAUCUUCCAGUAAUGAAUUGUUGGUGAUGAAUGUUGACCAUCUCCAAGCACAGGUGACAUAUAUCCUUCUUUGUUUACGAUUAAUACAAAUUACAUAUAUAGUACUAGUAUGAAAAUGUGAUGGAAAAAUAUAGGACGACUCUGAAUUACUCCUUUGAAGUUUACUUCAUUUCCGUGUUUCCCUUCAUGUUUUUUUCUCUUUAGUUUUUAUGGAGUAAUAAUUCUAAUUUGUUGUAUGUUGUCCUCCAAAUACAUGGAAAGUAAAGGAAUUUUUUUUGGGGUGUCGGCAGUGAUGUUCCCAGGAUUUUUAGAGUAUUGUGUCGGGUGAUCCUCCACACCACACAAUAUAUUACUAAAAAAAAUGUAUCGUCCUAAAAUUAAUCAAUAUUCAUAUUACAAUCGUAUAAAGUUUUUACAA